AUGCCACUGGUUAGUGGCCAACGGAGGCCGCCAGCUUGUGGUGGCAUCUUUCUUGCCUUGGACUGUGUGGAGUCGACUGCUGCUUGCUUGUCGCUGGGAAGCAUUGUUCGCUACCGUCGCCGGCAAACCUGCAAGGGCUCCGAAUUCGCCCUCUCUACUAGUAGGUCGAGUAACCUAUUGCAUCCUCCAUCACACAAUAUCACCACCAAUCCGACUUCCAGGACCAUUCGAUUCGACCCUCGGGGCACAUGUGCCUCGCACCAUCGCAUCCCACGCCUUCUUGCUCGUGAUGGGACCGUCGUCACUACACGAGGUCGCGUGUCAGCGACCGCCUGGCCCAUCGGAAACAGGAAUAAACCUUCAUCCUCACAGCCCAAGUACCAGCACGAGAACAGAAGUGCACCCCUUUCUAGUAUGUCUCAGGAAGAUUCAGCCUUCAUCAAACAUGUGCAAAAAUCGGCACGAACUCCUCCAUCCCUCUGUCUUUCCACGUGA